GCGGUUUUUUUAGCGUCCUUUCGCCAUGAAAACCUUGACAAAAGCAGUUUGUUGGAGUGCGAUAACUCUCUGCGUAUGUUUUAUCGCGAUCGGUGCCGAAACGACCACAGCAAAGCCCAAAACAACUUCAAGUCCGACACCAACUCGACCGAACACCACUGCGACGACUUCCCCGACACCCACUCCAAAGCUUAGCUGCGAGAAACGAAAUUCUUGUUGUGGACCGUGCACCGAUGAUUACGAAUGCUACUGGUGUGAGCCGGACUCGACUUGUAAGCCGUACAAAGUCAGUAUCUCUCAACUGACCCCGAAAGGGUGCAAAGGAAACAAGUGGUAUUUGAAACAAUGUGCCGUUCCAGGCUAUGUGUUGAUCAUUGUUGUGCCGUCACUUGUGGGUGUCAUCCUCAUCAGCCUUGGAUGUUGCAUAUACUGCUGUUACCGCCGCAUCCGGAGGAGGAAAGGAUAUAAACGGGAGAAAGACAGAAUCAGACGGAGGGAGAAAAAACGUCAGCGCAGCCAGGAGAAGCAUCUUCUCACUAAUACGGAUGAUGAAAAUGAAAAUCUCUAAAGCUUGAAUCACAGGUUGAUUAGUUGGGCACCACUGUAUCAUACUAGUGCCAUGGGAAAUGUUCUCUGAUAUUCUUCCUUGCUUUGGGAAUCAUCAAUACCAUACAUCAUUUAUAGUAGCAUUUGUACCUUGAACUUGACAAAUUUUUUCUUGAAAUUUUCGUCCGACUAUCAUAGAUUUAGAGCACAGUAGGUUUGGUUUAGUAUUCUACCAUUGUAAGGAAAGGAUAAUGAACAGAUGGCGAUGAGUACACAGGAUCUCAGAUGCCAAAAGGUAGAUCAUUUCUUAUGAUCCCCCCCCCCUUGCAAAUCUGUAUCCAUAUAACACCCAUGACUGUGUACCAUCCCCCUACCCCUAGCAAAUCUGGGUACAUGCCAAGGGAGAUAAUGAGUGGUUCUCAUAAAGCUGUGAAACACACUUUAGCUUAUUUAGCACUAAUACACUCUCAUGUAUUUGAUCUCCCUUGUGCUGGCUUUAUUACACUUUCAAUAUUUCCAUUUGUUUCACAGGUUUAUGAAAACCAGUUUAAAUUCACUCAUUGAUUGAGUGUUAUUUCCAUUUUUCAAUUUAUUUAAGGUGUAGCAAAUACAACAAGGUGUAUCAAGUGUAGCAAAUAGGUAUCUAACCUAGGAUUUUUUCAUAUUUUUUUCAUAAAUUUUCUAAUUUUCACAUGAAAAGUACAUUCUAGUAAUAGCUUUUUUGUAAAUAUUAUUUCUAUAGCAUUGAGAUCCCCAUCACCACAAAAAUCUUGUAAAUACUAAAUCGUUUGAUAAAAAUAAAGGAAUAUAUAUUACCAA